AUGAUUUCUAAUGAUAUAGUAGUAGGGCUCUUUCUUCUUUUUCAGACUGUGUUUGGGGUCCUGGGGAACUCCUUCCUCAUGGGCCUAUAUAUCAUCACCUUUUUCAUUGGUCCCAGGCUGAAGCCCAUUGACUUUCUUCUCAUCCAGCUGGCCUUUGCCAAUGACUUGGUGCUUCUCUCCAAAGGGAUCCCUCAGACAAUGGCUGCUUUGGGGUAUACCAAUUUCUUGGAUGAUGUAGGAUGCAAACUUGUCUUUUAUUUUCACAAAGUGGCCCGGGACCUUUCUCGGUGUACCACCUGCCUUUUGAGUGGCUUCCAAGUCAUCACUUUAAGUCCUAGCAUCUCCCAGUGGGCAAAACUUAAAGCUAGACCCACAAAGUACAUUGUACAAUUCUGUUUCUUUUGCUGGACAUUCCAUCUGUUGGCAAAUUACAAUAUUCUUGUGCUGAUGAAAGACUCACAAGGAAGCAGUAACAUCACUGAAAGAAAGAAUUUCGUUUAUUGCUCUGCUAAAUUUCCUGUUUCAUUAUAUAUUGGAGUAUUUGUAUUCCUAAUCUCCCUUCCUGAUGUUUUGUGUGUAGGAAUCAUGGUUGGGACCAGUGGGUAUAUGAUUUUUGUCUUGUACAGACACCAUCAGAGAGUCCAGUAUAUUCAUGGACACAGUCUUAAACCUAGUUGUUCCCCUGAGACCAGAGCCACCCAAACUAUCCUAUUGCUUGUCAUUCUGUUUGUCUCCUUUUUUUCUGUGAAUUCUAUCUUGGUAUCAUAUAUUUACUAUGAGAAAUCUUCUUCCUUUCUUGUUCAUACCUCUACCUUUUUGGCUGCCUGCUUUCCAGCUUGUAGCUCCUUUAUUUUAAUUGUUGGUGACUCUCAUGUUCGCAAAUACUGGUUGAUAUUCUGGGAGAAGAUGAUUACACAAUUUUGA